AUGCGGCUGGAGACCCUCAUAUUUCUAUUGAGCACCACAAUUUUAUCUCUUGUAGGAGCUUAUCCUCUCUACAUUGAUGAGCGACCUCACCAGGUAAUGCGAAGAGAGGAUUUCAUACCACUGAACGGCAUUGUCAGCGAGCUGAAAGGCAAGACGAUGAACGGAAGAAUGCGAUUUGGAAAACGCUCUGGAGCCACCACCUCAAUCAUUCAAGGACCCUACUACUUUCGAUUGGAUUUAGAGAACUUCGAAAAU